UUUGUAAACGGUGUGACGUUAGCUAGUCCUUUAUGUUACCCUAUUGCUAGGCAGUGGUAGCUUGUUUAGGGGCUGUUAAAUCGGGAAAAACAUUUACGGGCGUUAUAUUUCACUAGAGAAGAAUAUCACAGGAUAGUUUCUGGGGUUUAUUAGCUAACUUAGUGCUCCGGUGUGACCUUGUGAGCUUUAACACUGCUCGCUCCGCCCGUUUGUGGUGUGCGCAGUCUGGGGGAUGUAUUAGCUUAGCGGGGUAAACCCGCCUUACAUCAUGGCUAAAACGGGCACAUAUUCAUCUGAGUGGGGGGAGAUCGUUUUAUACAUACGGAAGAAGCGUGGAAACCAGAAUAAAACAAUCUUCAAAUUUAGAUAGUUUUAAUGCCAAUUUGGAUCACAUUUCGCUAAAGAUAAAGGAUGCUUGGUAGCCCCUAGGUGGGAGUUGGAGUAGUUUAUUCACCAUUUAUAUCGAUGUACUUAAGAAGUGGUAAUGUGUUUGAUAUCUUUGGAGAGCAUCAGUUGACUGGCCAUAAAGUAGCUGUAAAGAUCCUAAACAGACAGAAGAUUCGCAGUCUCGAUGUCGUGGGGAAGAUCAAACGAGAGAUCCAAAAUCUCAAACUAUUCAGACACCCACACAUCAUUAAGCUGUACCAGGUGAUAAGUACACCCACAGAUUUCUUCAUGGUUAUGGAGUAUGUGUCUGGAGGUGAGCUGUUUGACUACAUCUGCAAAUAUGGACGGGUGGAGGACACAGAGGCUCGCCGUCUCUUCCAGCAGAUUAUCUCAGCCGUAGACUAUUGCCACAGGCACAUGGUGGUCCACAGAGAUCUUAAACCUGAGAAUGUCCUGCUGGAUGCAAACAAAAAUGCCAAGAUUGCCGACUUUGGUCUGUCAAACAUGAUGUCAGAUGGGGAGUUCCUACGAACAAGCUGUGGCUCACCCAAUUAUGCUGCGCCAGAGGUCAUCUCAGGAAGGCUCUAUGCAGGUCCAGAGGUAGACAUCUGGAGCUGCGGUGUGAUCCUGUAUGCCCUGCUGUGCGGCAGUCUGCCCUUUGAUGAUGAGCAUGUCCCCACGCUGUUUAAGAAGAUCAGAGGAGGAGUCUUCUACAUCCCAGAGUACCUGACCCGCUCUGUGGCCUCACUGCUGAUGCUCAUGAUGCAGGUGGACCCUCUGAAGAGAGCCACCAUCAAAGACAUCAGAGAACAUGAGUGGUUUAAGCAGGACCUGCCAGACUACCUGUUCCCUGAAGACCCUUCAUAUGAUUCCACAGUCCUGGAUGAGGAGGCCGUCAGAGAAGUGUGUGAAAAGUUUGAAUGCACCGAGUCCGAGGUUGUGUCCAGCCUCUACAGUGGAGAUCCACAGGAUCAGCUAGCUGUAGCCUAUCACCUUAUUAUUGACAACCGGCGCAUCAUGACCCAGGCCAGCGAGUUCUACUUGGCCUCCAGUCCUCCGCAGGGCUCCUUCAUAGAGGAAGGCAUGCCACUGCCCCCUGGAGUCAAAGCACACCCAGAGAGGAUGCCUCCACUCCUGGCUGACAGCCCCAAGUCUCGUUGUCCUCUGGAUGCUCUCAACACCACCCGGCCUAAACCUCUGGCAGUGAAGAAAUCUAAGUGGCACCUCGGUAUCAGGAGUCAGAGCAGACCCUAUGAUAUCAUGGCUGAGGUGUACAGGGCUAUGAGACAACUCAACUUUGAUUGGAAGGUGGUGAACCCAUACCAUCUGCGAGUGCGGAGAAAAAAUCCAGUGACGGGCAAUCUGGUGAAAAUGAGCCUGCAGCUCUACCAGGUGGACAGCAGAUCCUACCUCCUCGAUUUCAAGAGCAUUGAUGAUGAUAUCAUUGAGGCAGUGGGCUUUAAAUCUGGUUCGUCCACUCCUCAGAGGUCGGGCUCCGCAGCCGGUCUGUACAGACCCAGACUCAGCAUCGACUCGGCGAGCCCUGGCAUCGAUCUGCCCCAGCUUAGCUCUUCUCUCCCAGGAUUCCUGUCAGGUAGUUCCCCUCUAGCCUCUCUUAGCCCCCGUCAGGGAUCACACAUCAUGGACUUCUUUGAAAUGUGUGCCAGUCUGAUCACCACACUUGCACGCUGAGGCCUGUCAAUAAUGUACCCUCUCUGUAAAAUGGAUGUCAGUGGGGUUUUUAAGCCAAUUGCAGAUCUGGGAUGUAAGAUGUAUGGACUGACUUCCUCUUUCUGUCUCCUCUCAUCUCUGCUCGUUUUGUAUAAGACUGGAAGGGUGAAUGUAAAUGUGUGGUGUUCACCUCAGAUGAAGGAGGGAGAAAGAGGAACAAGAGCUUUUUUUUUUUUUUCCUUAUUUUGACACAGUCCUUGGGCCAGUCUUGGUAUUUUAAAUAUUGGGCUACAGCUUCUGAAAACUGGUCUUGAGACUGGACUUUGUGAAUUACUGGAGCCCUUCAAAGUAAGAGGCAAGAGGUCACAGUUUACAGUCAUGUCGGAGUCAGCGAAGGUCAAGUUCACUGUCACUCCUCCCACUUUCAGUCUGUUAACAGCUACUGAAAUGUCAUGACCCACUGUAAGACGUGAUGUCAGGACAUCCUGCUGAGUUGGUCUCAGGCACUGAUUGGGGCUCAGUUUUGUUUCUUGCUUUUUAAUUUGAAUAGGACACUGGUGGUUAAAAUUGACACGAAGUCUGUGUCUGAGGGAAAGUCACCACAUGUGAAAUGUUAUUUUAGGUUUUGUAAAGAAACAGCUUUUGUUAUCCAUGUAUAUUAUAUUUAUAUUACAUAGCUGAAAAGGAUGACAAAGGUAGACAAAUGUUAGACUUUAUACAUCAUAAAGAAGAUUAUUAUUACUUAAAUAUAAAAUCCAUAUUUAUUUUUGAGAGAGUUUUUAGACACUGUAGUUAUAUUAUUUAAGCACUGCAUCAGCAUAGUUUUAACCUUGUUUUGAAUAGAUUGUAGAUGUUUAAUGAACCUAGAGAGAGCGCUGGAUAGAAUGAUAAUGGUAUUGACUGUGCUACGUUUAGUGCUGAAGCACAGACGCACACUAUCUCACAUGAAUUUUCACAACCACCUUUUUACCUGAGUUUUUUUGAAUAGCAACAGUUUAUCUCAAUGUAUUUCAGAGGCACUGUUCUUUUUCCCUACUUAGCCAUCAUUUUAUACAUCCAGUAGCUGUCUUAAAUAUGCAACACACACACACACGUAGUCCCCUUUACAUGUGAAUUGAGUACUUAAAUGACAGGUUGAGCAGCUGCUAAUAUAGUGUUCAGCCAUGCAUGCACAGGAUGUAAUUAAAAAAGCCAGUGGGCCUGUGAGAUCAGGAGGAUGGACAUGGCAGUCACUCACAUAUGCAGUAAAACUGAAAAAUGACAGAAGCCGCCAUGGCCUGUUUGUAAUGAAGAGUGCCACAGUUUUAAGCCUGUAGUUAAUAACUUUUCAUUAAUCAUUUUUUAUCAUUGCCUUAAGCCUUUAAAGUGUGAGAACAUGGCAAAUGUCAGAUCAGUAAAUACAGCCUUGUGCCUGUUGUGAGCUCCUGGAUUUUCUUUGACCAAAAGAAGAAAAAAAUUGUCCUGUGAUCAUUUAGACUUGCGUUAAAAGCAACCAAAUCUUCAACAAAUGUAGUUUUACUUGAUAAAUUGCUAGUAAUCCAUUGAGCAGUAAUGAAUAAAUACAGUUAACUAGACCUGUGGCCAUACUAUGUAUGGAUAGAUGAUGAGGUGACGAGGAAAAGAUGAUGACAACUUCAUGUGAGAUGGUGUGUAUCUACCUACUGCAGGACGGUAUAAGCCACAGAGACCUUUCUCCGGUUGCCUUAAAGAAUGCAACACAGUAAUUCUGUGCAUACAUACAUACAUGGAGAGUGUUUGGAUGAGCCAGUGUGUGUACUAGAGAUGUGCUCUUACCGACUUCAUGCUGGUUUGUCAGGAGGAUCUGUGCAGCGGUGUGACUGCCUGUGAGAUCAGCCAAGUCGGAAUCAGAGAAGAGAGUGAUGAGGGUGGAAACAGUAUGCGGUGUAUUGUAGCUGUUGGCAGGGCUGUCUGUGCAUGUAUCUUAUGUGAGGCUGUUGCUGCCUGUUCAGUCUGCACUUUAAAAGCUCAUUUGCCGAAGCCUGCAGUUUGCAGAUGUGCAGUUUAUUGCAUCACACACUUUGUGCAGAUGCAUUGACUUUACUGUACCUGAUCUGUCUCGCCCUGUGUCAUUUGACAAACACCACAUUGUACUUUUAUACGUCCUGCAUUGUCCAGUCAGAUCGUACUAUAGCUGGCUUGUAUCUGUGUCAUUGCUUUCAGAGUUUUUUUCUGACUGAAAGUUGAGCGAAAGUUGGUGCUGCUCAGAUGAAUCCUCCUCUCUGUCUUCGUGUCUGGGUUUGUUUUCUUGGUUGGUGUUGUGUUGAUAGAGGGAAUGUUGCAUUUGUUUGCAGUAAAACAGAGGAUAGACAGGUAGUAUGUACUCUACUUUAGACUGGUGUCAACUAUGAAACCAUAUCUAAUAAAUGCUGUAAACAAUUCAUUAAGAGACAAACGUCAUAAUGAAUAAAUACAGUAAAAACAACCCUGCAUACAAAUAAAGUAAUACAUUUUGUAAUAAUUAACCUCAGCUCACUCUUAUGAAUUUACAGCAUUGUUAUUUUAACAGACUGGAGGUAUGUGAUUGAGGUUAAUGAGGUAAUUAAACUGGCAUCCGAUUUCUUUGUUCAUACUAUGAAAUAAGAAAAAUGACAACAUCUCAUAUUAAUGGGUUGAGUUUUAAUUAUUCAUUAGUCUAAAUUAUUUCACAGAUUUUUGGGCUGUGUAGAUAUUCUUUCUGUAUAUUUUCAUGAUUACCUCAUAUCAUAUCUUAUUCAAAUUGGUGAUGUGACUCUUAGCCACACAGUAGUCUAGACUGUGAAUAUUAAUCCAGGAGUGCUGUGUUGGACCUACUGUAAUAAUGCAAACUGAGGUUCUAGUUUGUUACUCUGCACUGUCUCAAAGGUCUCAGAUGUUUGCCUUAUGAGAGCACCAGGAAGACCUUUGGUUGAAACAGUGAAGGCCACGUUAUUUUUUUCUCUCUGUUGAAACCCUUUAUUAUAUGUCUCCUGUUGGUUUGUCGUGUACGUCGUCUUUCCAGUCUAUGCCUGCACAUACACCAUAUGUUGAUGUCUGGGAGAAACACUGCUCCCUACUGCAAGACAACUGUGCACACACCUUUGUGAACACUAUUCCAUGUUCCUCAGUCAGUCUUCUAUAUUACAAUGUAUUGCUGUGUAUAAAUGACUCAUCCUCUGUAUAGUGAGCUACUUUGGUCACAUCAGGAUCACAUCUGACCAUUGUGCAUUCAUUCCUAAUACUGCUGCUCAUGACAACACUACAAAAUUCUUGAUCAUAGAAGCGCACCAACUUGGAGAAAUCAUUAGUCAGAUUUCAAAACUCCUGAUACCCUCAGUAUUUACUGUCAAUGUAGUACUGUACUAUUACAACAGCAUGCAAUUACUAGUGGCAUGUUAGUCAUGUAAACUCUAAUCUGUGUUUAGAGCUGCAAACACAUGCCAGAGGGCCUAAACAGGAGCAGACUGUGUGUUGUACCAAAGUGAGUAUUUUCAACAGCAAAGCUGUGCUCUGUUUGCCCACGUUAAGUGUAACCUUAAACACACCAGUGUAUGUCGUGGUGACGUGUGUGGGUGCACAUCAGUUACUGUGAAAGAAAGUGAAGAAGGGUGUGUGUGUGUGUGUGUGUGUGUGUGUGUGUAAACAUGUCUUUCUGUAGUUGUGUGCUGAAAUUUGAUUUGUACCACUAUGAGGACAUUUUGGCCAGUUCUUCCAACUUCAAAGGGCUUUGAGGGUUAAGAAGGUUAGAUGUUGGGGUUAGACAUUCAACUGGGAUGUGUACAGUUUGGGGCUAGGGAAUGUAUAAUGUCCUCGCAGCUACAGAAAGACGUGUGUUUGUGUGUGAGAGAGAAAGUGAGUGCAUUUCAGCUGUCUCUCCCUGUCUGUCUGAUUGAGGUUUGGAUUUCUCUCAUUAUGCACUGCAUGAUAUUGCUGUUAUGAUUUGCACUUUGACAAGUAUUUAUUG